AAUUUAAAGAUUAGUCCGGAAAAUUGGUAACCCUCAGCUGCAAAAACAUUAAUAAACUUGAUUAGCAGCCAUGUUUUGGUCCAUGACAGAGGACACACUUACAUACAUUUGGAUUCAGAUUGAAAGCUUGGACAUUGAGUAUUGGAAAUGGGUUGCCUGGAUGAUUUACCCUGUCAUUCUGUCGUUCCUCCUGCCACUGAUAAUUCCCAUCCUAGUCUACUGCUGCGCUAUCUUCCUGCAUGUGUACCAGUACAGACACCGACUAAGGGAUGCAUACGUGCAUGACUUCUGGGAUGGAGCUAAGAAGACAGUGGCUGUCUUCUGGGAGGCGCAAGGCAGAAUAUGGCAUGGCUUUGAGAUUGUAGGUCUGGAUAGAAUCCCAGACUCUGGGCCUGCCAUGAUCAUCUACUACCAUGGCGCCCUGCCCAUGGACUUCUACUAUGUGAUGGCCAAGUGCCUGUUGCAGAAACAGAGGCAGAUACAUGCAGUGGGAGACAAUUUCCUCUUUAACAUACCAGGUUUCCGGCUGAUGAUGGACGUGUUCUGUAUCAGUCCUGGCACUGUCCAUAGCUGUGCCCAUGUGCUGGAGGAUGGACACAUACUGGCUAUAGCUCCAGGUGGAGUGAGAGAGGCACAAUUUGGAGAUGAAUAUUACCAAGUUAUGUGGGGGAACAGAUAUGGGUUUGCCAAAGUUGCCAUCAGCACUAAAGUACCAAUUAUUCCAAUGUUUACCAGGAAUAUACGUGAGAGCUUAAGAACACCUGGUUGGGGUCGAAGCAGUCUCAGGUGGUUAUAUGAAAAGUGUCGUCUUCCUAUAGUGCCUAUAUAUGGGUUGUUUCCUGUGAAAUUGACUACUUAUUUUGGACCACCUAUAUAUCCGGACGAGUCCAUGACGCCUGAAGAGUUGGCCCAGAAGGUGAAGCAAGGAAUCGAAGCAUUGAUCAGUGAACAUCAAAUAGUUCCUGGAAAUAUUUUGCGAGCGCUUUCAGAAAGGGUCACGGGGGAUAAUGAUCUUAAAUUUAACUGAUGUUAAUAUGUUCUUACAAAUGAUGUACAUGUAGUUGUAAUUUCAGGGAAGGAACUCUAUUGGUUGUAUUCUUUACAAGCCUUGAAAGGCUUUAAAGGAUUUAUGACAUUAGAUUCUUGACAAAUUGACAUCACAUGUUACACUGGUAGUUUGUAUGUACCUUUCAGAUGUCAGAAGGUACAUGCCAAAGUAACUUAAUCAAGAAUAUAUAGAGAUAAGUGUAUAAAGAUGUGUAAUUAACAAGUAGAUGAACAUAUUUGGUCACCUUUCUGAUUAAGAUGUAAAUUUAUUGGAUUUGGCAGCCAUGGGCUAUUUUCACCACUUAGAUAUAAACACACAAUUGGUCUACUCAAUCUACUGGCCAAUUUUAAAUAAUGUUUUAUCAUCACAUUACUGGAUGGAUCCUGGACCCAUCAGAAAUAAAUCAUGAAAGUGCCCAAGUGGAUAUUUACAUUCCAUGUGUUACUUGGUUCCUUGAAGUCAGAUGUGUUUAUGUUGUUCUUUGAUGUUUGUACGUGAUUUUAUACAGACAUAUUGUAUAUUUGUUAUGUUAUUUUUUCUGCACUUGUUUCUUGUUGUAUUUCGCAAUAUAUGCUAGUCACAGGUUUUGGAAAAAUUAUUUUCAAGUCCAGCACUAAUUCAGUAUAUUUUGCAAUCAUUUUGUAUACGUAAGUUAGUAAGUAUUUUACCAUGUUAUUAGGGAAAAGAAAUCGGGUUGAUAUCAAAGCUUAGGAAGGCCCCUUUCAAUGAAUGUAAUUUAUGACGUUUUGCAGAAUAUUUUGAAAAAAAAUCAAGUUUUAAAAGGACAACUGUCAACAGGCUAGUGUAUAUUGCCUUAGAUAAAUUAUAAAGCAAUUAACAAUGAUUUUCACCAGACAUUGUUAUUCAAUUUAUUGGUAAAGUGAAAAUGUUUACCCCAUUCAUGGCAUCAGAUUAUAAUUUCUGAGUAAGAAUAUUUUUUUAAACUGAAUAAUGCACUAACAGAGAAGAAAAUGUCCCUUAAUACAUGUGAACCAGUCAUGUAUAAUAUGUCAGAGAUCUGCACAAACUUCUUUAUUAAAUUCCAAAGUUACUUUGUGCACUUUACCAGCUUGUCUUGUUUAAUUUGUGUCAAUUAUUACAACUAAUAAACUAUACGAUACUAAGGUAUCUGCAUUUAAAUAUGAGCUUGUCAUUGUUUAUGUUUUGAAAUGAUGUAUUAUUAACUUUGUAAUAGUGAUGUAUUUGUGCAAUCAUUUAAACAACUUAAUUUAAUGUUCACUUGACUGUAAAGAUUUAUUUAUAUUUUGUAUUGACUUUCCCAUAUUCUAUUUCGUUAUUGCAUUGACAUGUAUACGAAACUGUAUGUGCAAUACAAAAAGCACAAAUUAUGAAAUAAUAACGCCCUCGAAAGGAGGCGAUGUUGGAGUUACUCUGUUGAUUGGCGAGUUAAAAUGAAAAUGUUUGAAGUUUCAGGUGCAAAUUACUGAAGGCAUUCAAUUGAAAUUGUUAAUAUGUCAUCACCAUGAUUUGUAGAUGUGCAAGACACUUCUUUCCUUCGUUGUUUGAAUUAUCUUUUAUUGAACAUAGCUGACACAGCAGUUAAGGAGUAUUAGUCAUGUUGUGGAAAAACUCUGGAUCUAGUGACCAUGUUGUUUUUUGUGGAUUUUUUUUCUUUAUGAUGAUUGUUGAUCUCAUUUCUCAUCUUGAUAAUUGUGCAAUAUACUUUUUAUGGCUGAGGAUUAAUGCAACCAAGAACAAAAUCACUCAUUUUACAAUACCGAUAGUCCCAUAAUAUUUGUUGUUGCUAACUAUAUAUGAUUUAUUUUAUGUUACCGGUAGCUAUUAAAAGAGUGAAUAAUCGGAUAUCAGAGUGAAUAAUCAGAUAAUGAAAACUACUUUUGAUGGUAUAUUUUAACAUGAAUAACAUUUGUAUAUUCCCCGUUUUUUGUCGUUACUCCAGUCCGUUGCUAUCCUGCAAUAACUCAAAAAUUACCUUAGCUAGGUUGUUGAAACAUUAUAUGUGGAUAAAAGGUCUUAUGGGAAAUAAAAGUUAUUUCAGAUUUUGUUCGACAAAACAUGUUGUGGAUUAUGUUGCAGAAAAAAAGUGCAAACUGUCAGAAGAAUACAUAUUGAUUCAGAGACACAUAUUUUAUAAAUACUUUAUGUAUUAUUGUUGUAUCGUGUUUUUGCAUAAAAUAGAUAAUAAAUAUCGAAACUUUG